AUGCCAACUCAAUCACGAUUAAGUCUCAACACAUUAUCGGUUGAAUUAGUCUAUCGCAUUCUCGAUUGCAUGGAUCUUUUAAAUAUCUUUUGGUCAUUACAAUGCGUUAGUCAACGAUUAAACACAAUUCUCAAAACUUAUUCACGAUAUCAAACUCUUGAGACCCUUGGUUGUUCAUGUUGGUCGUCAAACAUAUUCGAAGUUUACGAUCGUCAGGUAAAGUCUCUUUCGAUCUUUGAUUGGCCUCAAGAUCAUCUAGAAAUCUGUCAAACCGAUAAUUUCGAGAAUACAUCCUAUUCCGCAAUGUUGCACAUUUGGGAAUCAGUUCCGCACACGGAAUCAGUUCCCACGAUUCCGGAAUUCACCCGAAGCAAUUCCGGAAUCGAUACACAGUAUUCCGCGGAAUUCCUACCAAUUCCGGAAUUACACCCACCCCCUUCACCCUCACAUAUCAUCUCCCCUAUACACCACCCAAUUCCGUUUACGGAAUUCCGGAAUCGGCUGAAGGAAUUCCGGAAUUCAUUGAACUUGUGUAAAGACGGAAUUCCGGAAUCAUACAAUACGACACUUAAACACAUCAGUUUUAAAAACAUCGAAAUCUGUAACACACAAUUUCAUUGUUUACAAACCAUAUUAAACUUGAACUCAACAUCAAUUGAAUUAACAAUCCAUAAGAUUGAAAUCUAUGGCAUGAAUAAUGAAUUACUAGGUCAUUUAAUUGAUUUUGUUGAGCAUAAUCGAAUACAUCUGUCUGUUGUGCCUCCUCAAAAAACACUAAAAAUAUCGUUUAUUGAUUCCGCGUCUAGUAAUAAUAUGACUGAACAACUGAAACUAUUGGUUUUAUUAAACGUGGAAUAA